AUGCCACAGAAAUAUAUAGCUAGAUUUGAUAAAUACCUACAGGCUCCAAACUCUACCGGACGACUGACCACGUCAAGGUGGAGCUGGCCAAACAUCAUAAGCAGACCUGCGAGGGGAUCCUCGGGGAAGCCAAUCUGUAGCAGGAGCUCUAUGGAUUUUGCCGCAGCCUUUACAGGACUCACGCCCAUAAACCCCCUGCGCGACCGCGGCGGCAUCUACAUCUACGACGACGUCAGGCGAGCCGAAUUACUAGAAGCCCAUCAGGAGCAGUUCUCGCCGAACCCCGUACGGAGAGUGAUCAUCUCGCUGCCACUAAAGAAGGUUCCCGGACCGGAUGACAUCACCCACCAAGCACUCCGCCACAUACCCGCCGACGACUACGCACCAUGCAGAAUACGAAACUCCGGCGCAGUGAACGCGCCGCCGGAGUGCACCUACGCUACGCUUGGAGACCAUAGACGACUUCCUGGCACGGUCAGCCACGAGCAUGAUCGAGCAGGCGGAAGCGUCCCGCACGUCCUGCACCUUGCACGGCAUGGCACUUCAGGCCUCCCGACACGAGACUUCCAUACCCUCGCGGGUUCCACCACCACCGGACAAGACAUUUGGCGCCGACGCUCCUCGUCUCCACCACACCAAGGGCUAAACGCCAGCCUCAGUGCCGUCCUGCCGCGAACAAACACACCGCGAGCGGAGGCUUUGCCCGAACUGCCCGAUUUCCGCCUAGAAGAGGAGCGGAUAAACACAAGCAAGAAUAGCUAG